AAAAUUUGGGACACCUAUAUUCACAAGAUGAGCAAUGGAACCGCCUCCAGCGUUGUGAUUGGAGCGAAUUAUGACCUGAACUACACUAAUUCAUCUGCGACUCAUUCUGCUCGAGAGUUUGACGAGGAGGCCAUAGCAAAGCUUGUAGAGCUGGAGCUCAGCAGGUCAAAACUGGAAAUCGAGUUCCAGCAGAAUAGUGCAUUCUCCAGAAACUCCUCCAAAGUGAAACCCUAUGAGGUCGGCAGGUCCUGUAGUAAAACUGGUGGUAUUCCCAUGCUGUUAAGAAACGGUUCCAAGAGGUUUGCAGAUGACUAUUACUUCUCAAGGAAUUGUUCCAGGAGAAAAUCACGUGAAAAUCCUUACACCGACAACAACUGGAAAUCCGACGUAGCAGUGCAUGAAACGGAGGCUGUCUCGAACGGUGGCUGCCAUCAUGAUGUCCAAAUCCAGCAGGACCAGGAGCAUACGCUGGAUUGUGAAACAGAAUACUGGUCAGCAGAGGAGGAACCUUCGAGCUUCUCGUCCAAAUCUAUGCAAUCAGAGUUCUGCGGUUAUCCAUCUCACCGCGUGACCAAGUAGUUACAAAUCUGAGGAUCAUCGUGCGCAACCGAUGCCAAUUGAGUCGUAAUGCAAAAACUCCGCUGUCGCUAGCAGGCCUCUCAGUUACCAGGAACGUGGUCGGUGCACGCUGCCGAAGCUGUGCGCGAUCUUCACGUGUCACUGUCGAAGAAAAACUGGCUCUAUAUUCUUACUUGAUGCGGUAUCUUCUCCGCCUCAGCCAUCGCUGCUGCGCUAUUGAGACACUCUUGCUACUGGAGGUGGUGUCAUGGCUUAGGAUGUUCAUCACCAGUGAAGCGGCCAAAAUCUCACAAUGUCAGCGAUUAGACUAGAUUCGGGCGAGACCUGAGUCAUAGCCCGUCGUGAUCCUUCUCGCAAGGCCUGUGUGGAUCCCUCUCUGAUUGCCUUCAUUAAAUCCCUAAUUGUGCUCCUUGACAUGAACAAAUAUUUCGAUUCCUCCGAAUCAUCAAUUUAUGCAGAUCUGGUCUUUAAGAAAACCUACUGGGCACCCCAUCUAAUCACGCAUUACUUGCAAUAGCUUGCAACCCCAUUCGUCUCUUUUAGUGUUAGUUCUUCCAAUGACUGUUCCAUGAUUUGAGGUGUCUUUCUUAGAAGCUGUAAUUCCCCUAGUAUUCUCUUGCGAGGAACUUAUGCUGACGCUGAGUAUCGCCGUAGCGCGAAGGCAUUUGCGAGUUGUACUGGAAAUCAUUGAAUCACCAGCUAUCAAGUUGAUAAAGGAUCUUUUAUGGAUGGUUUACUUACUUUGAGACAGAUCUAAUCAAGUUCUUGUAUAUUUAUGAUCUGUGAUGGCAACUGUCGAAUUUUUGCUGAGCAUGAUGUUCUUGAUAUACUACAUGACUUGGUGACGCAAUGCAAGUGAUUGUGUGGCUAGUAAACAAUGACAUGAGGCUUGAUGGAAGAUAAGUUUCUCAUUGAUGAUCUGUUCGACACAUGAAGGCGAAAAUGAAAUGCAAGCGAGUGCCAGUAUGAUUCUUCCUGGUUUGAUAUACUGCUAGCAUGUGGGACCAGGGAGUGGGGUCGGAGAG